AUGCAAAGUUUACAGAACAUCGGACAGACGCCGUACCAGAAGGCGUUGAGUGGAAAACCCCGGAGUUCCGGAUCGAAAUCCAACCCGCUGAAUGUGGUCAAGUUCAUCGCAAUGGCUUUGCUGGACGUGCUGACGUUCUUCGUGCUGCUGGUUCCACUGACCGCCAAUGCCAUCGUCGAGCUGGUUCGUCGAGCGCCGAAAAAGAAUGUUUCCGGCUGGACGGCCCUCGUGACUGGCGGUGCGAACGGACUCGGACGUGACAUCUGCCUCCAGCUGGCCCUGUCCGGAUGUCACAUCGCCGUCGUCGAUCUGGACGCCACCGGCGGUGAGCAGACGGUAGCCGACAUUCGGAAGCUCGGAGUCAAAGCGCAUUUCUUUAAGGCCGAUGUUACCUCGUACGACGCCGUGAGCGCCAUGAAGGAUAAAGUGAAUGCGAAACUCGGACCGGUCGACAUUCUGGUCAACAAUGCGGGCGUUCUGCCGCUGAUGUCCUUGCGCGAGGGUACGCCGGACGAUUUGAAGAAAGUGAUCGAGACCAAUCUGCUUUCACAUCUUUGGACCCUGCGGCUGUUUACCAACGAUAUGAUUGAGCGAAAACGUGGCCACAUUGUGGCGAUUGCAUCGAUAGUCUCAUACCUGCCAGUCGAACGUCUGAUUGCAUACGCAGCCUCAAAGUACGGCGUCCGGGGGCUGAUGGGUUCGUUCGCUAGCGAGCUGCACAUCGAGGGCGUCGACGAAUUCGUCAAGACCACCACCGUGUACCCGUGCUUUAUCAAAACCCGGGCCGAGCUGAUGGACGCACUGAAGCAGCUCGGCAUCAAGCAUCGAGUUCCCAUCCUGCAGUCGGAAUCUGUUGCCCGUGCAAUCGUGGACGGAAUUCUGUACAACAAGAUGCACGUGUAUCUACCGAAGGUUGUGGGUCCUCUUGUUGGAAUUUACGAAAAUUUACCCUUCAAGGUGGGUCAUCUUAUGAAGCGAAUCUUACUACAAACUUCGCUGCCGAACAUAAUGAAACGAUAA